AUGGAUAUUCCCUGUUCCUGUUGCAAUUGUUCUGAGCAAGCAACGAGUCGCUUUGAUUUUGUCUAUCAAUGGUGGAGCGACCAUCAAUAUUACUUUAAAAAGUUUCAAGAAGCCAGUCACACUGCGAGACCUGUGGAAGACGUGUAUGACGGAUAUGAAAAUGAGUGUUGUCAAUACGAAAGCGCGUUCGUGCAGUGUGUAUGUGGGCCCAUACCGCGAUAUUGUUGCGAUAUGGUAGCUUAUAUGCAUGAACCAUACUAUGGACCCAAGAAAUGCUUUAACUGCGUGGCGUCACAUUAUGAUCCAAGGCCGCUGCCCUAUUUCGAACCACCGCGCGCCUAUUCAAUAUGA